AUGAUGUAUGUUCAACGCCUUUAUUUGUUUUAUUAUAAUCUAUCUAUCUAUCUAUCUAUCUAUCUAUCUAUCUAUCUAUCUAUCGAUCUAUAUAUAUAUAUGUAUGAAGUGGGGGAGAGAAAGAAAUGGAGAAAAAAACUACUCUCUCUUUCCACUCACCUCUCUCUCUCUCUUUCCACUCACCUCUCUCUCUUUCCAUUCACCACUCUCUCUUUCCAUUCACCUCUCUCUCUUUCCACUCACCUCUCUCUCUUCCACUCACCUCUCUCUUUUCCAAUCACCUCUCUCUUUUUCCAUCACCUCUCUCUCUUCCUCCAAUCUCUCUCUUUCCAAUCCACUCUCUCUCUUUCCACUCACCUCUCUCUCUUUCCAUUCACCUCUCUCUCUCUUUCCAUUCACCUCUCUCUCUUUCCAUUCACCUCUCUCUCUUUCCACUCACCUCUCUCUCUUUCCACCUUCCCAAGAUUUUUUCCUUCCUUCCUUCCUUCCUUCCUUCCUUCCUUCCUUCCUUCCUUCCUUCCUUCCUUAUUUGUUAGCAUCUUUCCCAUGCAUGUUUCUUCGUUCUUCACUUUCAUUUUAAAAAUUUUCUUUCUUUCUUUCUUUCUUUCUUUCUUUCUUUCUUUCUUUCUUUCUUUCUUUCUUUUGUUUCUCUUUUUCUUCUGUUUCUCUAUUUCUUCACGUUCUUUAUAUAAAAUACAAUAUUAUCUUUCUUUCUUUCUUUUGUUUCUCUUUUUCUUCACCUUCUCUGUUUCUUCACUUUCUUUAUAUACAAUAAUCUUUGUUUCUUUCUUUCUUUUUAUUUAUCAUACUCAUUCUUCUUUCUUCCACAUCGUUUCUUUUGCCUUCUACUUUCCCGUUUUCCUUUUCUUUCCACCCUUUUUCACCUCAUCACCCUCAUUUUGCAUCUCAUUCUCUCAUCCCAUUGCUUUCUUCCUUUUUCGCUUCCCUUUCCUUUCUGAUAGUCUUUUUCUCUUAUUACUUCUCUGA